GGCUCCUGCAGCGGUCGCUGGCGGUGGGGUGGGGAGCAAUUCUGCGCCCCUCGGACCCGACCCUUUCAGCGCUCUGCUCCCGCUUCAGCCUACCUCGCUCCUCGGCACCAUGACCACCACCACCACCUUCAAGGGAGUCGAUCCCAACAGCAGGAAUAGCUCCCGGGUUUUGCGGCCUCCAGGCGGUGGAUCCAAUUUUUCAUUAGGCUUCGAUGAACCAACAGAACAGCCUGUGAGGAGGAACAAAAUGGCAUCUAGCAUCUUUGGGACACCUGAGGAAAAUCCUCCUUCAUGGGCCAAGUCGGCAGGUGCCAAGUCUAGUGGUGGCCGACAGGAUUCUGAGUCAUCUGGACCCCAGAGAAGGAACUCUUCUGAAGCGAACGCUGGAGACUUCUUAGAUCUGAAGGGAGAAGGCGACAUUCAUGAAAACGUGGACACAGACUUGCAGGCCAGCCUGGGGCAGAGUGAGGAGAAGCCUGUGCCCGCUGCCCCUGUGCCCAGCCCAGUGGCUCCGGCCCCAGUGCCGUCCCGAAGAAAUCCCCCCGGCGGCAAGUCCAGCCUCGUCCUGGGUUAGCUCCGAUUCUCUUGAACUCUGUCGUUUUGUUUGUUUUUGUUUCCUCCAUGCUUGUGAACUGCACAACUUGAGCCUGACUGUACAUCUUUUGGAUUUGUUUCAUUAAAAAAGAAGCACUUUA